AUGAGGUUACACACUCUUCUGACCGCCUCCUACGGGUUUCCCAAGAUCCUCCCUAAACCUACCACAUCACAUAGGUGCAUUAUGGCUGUGAUCCUGGAAAAACUGGGCAUCUGCAAUGACUUUGUGGUACGGAGGUUCCUGAUCAACGGGGUAUUUCCACCGGGGCCCUGUGACUUGAGCAUCAAGGAAACUCUUUUUGACACCGUGCCGGUGAGGAUCUACCAGUCCAAAACUCCAAGUCCUGAGAAGAGGAGGGGACUUGUGUGGAUUCACGGAGGAGGGGGCAUUUUCGGAGGCUUAGAAAGCCACGAAAGGCUGUGUCGAUUCUUCGCCCAGGAAAGUGCCACCGUAGUCCUAGCUAUCGGGUAUCCCUUGGCACCGGAGCACCCCUACCCAGCUCAACAGCACAGCUGCUAUGUGGCCGUAUUGUACUUUUUGAAGCACGCGGGGGACUUCGGCAUGGACCCUCAGCGGAUCGUAUUGGGUGGGGACAGCACUGGAGGCGCCAUCGUGGCGGCCAUUUCUCAACAACUCGUGCUCAGAGAGGACCUGCCCCAGGUCCGGGCCCACGUGCUCGCUUACCCUUUCCUCCAAGCUCUGGAUUUCAACCUGCCUUCUUACCAGCAAAACCAAUGGGUGCCCCCUUUAUUCAAGACACAGAUCAUCCAUUUUGGCAAGUUCUAUCUCACCAGAAACACCUUGGGUGCUGAUGCAGUGAUGUUCAACGCUCAUGUCCCGGAGAAGCUCAGGAUCAAGUACCAGAAAUGGAUCAGCGCCGAACUUAUUCCGGAAGAAUUUAAAGCCCGAGGUUACGUGCCGUUCGUACCUGGGCGCUUUUCAGAGGCUCUUUUCAAAGAAUGCGCGGCAAUUUUCGAGGCCACGUUUUCACCACUCCUGACGGAGGACGCCAUCCUACGACAGUUUCCAGAGACGUUCCUUUUAACCUGCGAGUACGACAUUUUACGAGACGAAGGCUUGCUGUACAAGAAACGGCUGGAAGACAAUGGCGUGUCCGUCACCUGGCAUCACCUGGAGGAUGGAUUCCACGGGAUCUUGUUACUCCUAGGGUUUGGCCCCCUGGAGUUUCCCGGGACUAAGAGUAGUCUCAAAAGCAUAAUCCAAUUCCUCGAACGGUACUAGAAACCCAACAGCCUCCUUCUCGUGUUUUGUUUGCCUUUCCAGCUUGGUGACCUUGCCUGGUGUGGGUGUGACUGUGUGUGAG